UCUUCCUGUACCUCCCCUCUGCUCUUCCUCCCGGACCUUACCAUUUUGCUGUGGUUCUGUGUUGCGACCUUGCUACCAUAAGCCGAAUUAAUCUACCUUCAUAUCAGGGAGGUCAGAUUAACCAAGUUCAGUCACAGCUUGGCGUAUCAAUGGCUGGAGCUCAAGCGCCAAUUCCAUCUUGGAUGGAACUGUGGAAUGAGUGGGAGAUCCAAACUGUUCUUCUUGCCAGCUUCAGUCUGCAGGUUAUCCUCUUCUUCUUCGCAAGGAUCCGCCGCUACACCCUCUCUUCUGUUCUCCGGGCGCUUCUCUGGCUGGUGUAUCUGCUUGCUGAUCUUGCUGCGGUGUACGCCCUGGGGCACAUGUCUUCGUCGUUGUCGAAGAAAUCGUCCGGCGAGCACCAGCUGCUGGCGUUCUGGGCGCCGUUCCUCCUGCUGCACCUUGGCGGCCAGGACACCAUCACCGCGUACGCCCUAGAGGAUAAUGAACUCUGGCUGCGUCACCUGCUAAAUAUGUUUGUGCAGGUCGCCGGCACCGUGUAUGUGCUGUACAAGUACAUCACUGCGGGUGGGGAGACCUCUGUUCCUGCGGCUAUGUUGGUUCUGGCCGCCGGAGUUCUCAAUUACGGUGAGAGGAUAUGGGCAAUGAAGCGUGCAAGCAAGGGUGGUUCCCGUUACAGAAAAGAGCGAACACGCAAGCCUUUUCUCGAGAUGCUUCAUGAUAUAUGUGAUAUUUUCCGCACACAGGAGGAUGUGGACAAUGCUGCGAUAUCCCGCCAAGUCUGAAGUCUCUGAAGUGCCUUCAAAAAUAUGAGGAGGUAUGGGCGUUGGCAUAACCCAAAAAGAGACUACUUCACCAAAAACAAACAGUUCAGAAUUUAUACAUUUACUGUGAUCGCAGCACAUAUGUUGGGUCAUCUACUUGUCAAGCCUUUAAUCAUAGACAUGAAUGAUGUCUCCACAAAUGGUGAAGACUACAUCCAUGAGCUACUGCAGCUUCGUGUAGAUAUAAAGAAAGACGACGAGAUCAGAGAUGCAUCAGCAACGGAGAAGAGGAAAAUUGGGGAGGUUUACCAGGCAAUAGAGUUGGAGCUCAGCCUGGUGUACGACAUUCUGUACACCAAGGCAGAAGUGAUCCACACAUGGAGUGGCUUCUGCACCCGUGCCAUUUCACUUGUGUCUUGCUUCGCCUAGCUCUUAGGGUCUUCACAAAAGGCAAUAGAGAUGGCUACAGCACACCCGACAUUGUUACCACUUUUGCUCUUCUGGGUGGAGCUUGCGCACUGGAGGUCGCAUCUGUUUUGAAGAUGAUUUGGUCGACCUGGACAUAUGCCAUCCUGAGAAACUAUGACUGGGACCGGCUGGCAAUUGUGAUUCUGUUCGCACGGUACCACCUCGUCGCCAUCAAGGAUGGAAGGUGGUCCGAUUCCAUCGGGCAAAUUAACUUGAUAUCCUUCUGUGUUCACAGAGGAAAGAAGGACCUCAAGGGAAGAAUAGCCCGUUUAAUUGGGCUCCGGGACUGGUGGGACAAAGCUCGCUGCACCAAACAUCCCAAGCUUUCUCCUGAAGUGAAGGAGUUUGUAUGGGGCUUGCUCAAAGGUGACAAGAGGCAUAUGGUACAAAUUGAAGACGUGACCAUCCAGAGUGGGUACUGGGCUCGCAGGUUCACGGGCUUUGCCGAGAGCCAACAGCUCAAUUGGAGCCUGAGUAUUGAAUUUCACAAAAGCAUGCUUAUCUGGCAUAUAGCCACAAGCACCUUUCUCAAUCACCCUGACGUCAAAUCGGAGCUGGUCGGCAAGUAUAAGGGCAUGGCUGGAGCAGUUGAGACUCUCUCAGAUUACAUGAUGUACCUCCUCGUCGAGCACCCUGACAUGCUGCCCAUCAAACCAGCUGCUCAUAGCCUGUUUGGUGAAACCAGUGGCUCUUACAUGCAGCUUCUGAGCAUAUGGAACAAAUCUAAUGCGGAUGGGAAUUACCAGAUGAUUCUGAAUUACAAGAAAGUAUUUUCUGAUCCAAGAAAAGACAGGUCUAUGGGUGUUGUUAACCAGGACGACCUUGUGCUGUGGCAAGCAUGCAGUCUUGUUCACACAAUGCUCAACAUGAAGUUGGAGCUCAUACAUAAGAUGGUAAUAAUUGGAACAGUGUGGGUGGAGAUGCUGUGCUAUGCAGCAACCAAUGCAACUGGGGGAUUCCACGCCAGGCAGCUGAGCAAUGGUGGCGAGUUUCUGACCCACAUCCUGCUCCUCAUCAAACAUGCUGAUGCUGUCUCCAAAUCAGUUGGUGGCAUUGUGGAGGCUACUGUUGGCGAUGACGAGCUGACUGCGGGCGGGAAUUCUCCUUCUGUUCAUAGUGAUGGUUGCAACGACGAGAUCACUGAAGCCUGUUGACCGAUGGAGCGUGUUAAAAAUCUGCCAAUCUGUUCUGCUCUUCAAACCAUGUAUUUUUGUAAUUCACUUUUCAUUGUUUUCGUUGAAUUUGUAACUCCAUUUUGAUUUCAGUCUUACUGCGGCUGGUGAAGGAUGAUCUCUCUGGCCAAUUUGUAAGUCCCAGCGAACUUAUUAUUAGCACGAUGAAUCGGAUUUCUGC